UCCUAAAGAUCAAUUCACCAAACCUUCAUUACAAUUUUUAUUUUUUUAAAUAAUAAUAAGUAAAGUGACAUUUCUUAUGUAGGGUCCACAACCCCUAGGAGCAUUAGUAUUUAUAAGUGGAACUAGACGUCUGAUAAGAUGGAGCAUCGUACCUUACUUUCAUAGUCAUAAGCACUAAACAACUAAGCAUAAACCCACCACUAACUCACCAUUAUCAAAUCAUAAAGCAAGACAAAGCCUAAUCUGUAAUUUAAAAAGGAACAAGCACAACCAUUUCUCCUCUUUCUAUCCCAAGUUUCUCUCCUCUCUUUGCAAAACUAGCUACACCACCAUCAUCCAGUGUCCAAAUAGAAAUCGGGUUCUCAAGCCGUAGUACUUCUUGUAAGAUGUCGCGAACAUUCAUGGCUUUGAGGGAGCAUGUUCUCACCAAAAGGAAAAGCCCAAAGGUUGCUGAUGAAGCAAUGUUUGGUAAUGGGAUGGGCACCAUAAUGCCUAUAUACGCCGAUGAGGUGGAACAAAAUAGGCAGCCUUGGAAUGGUUUAUUGGUUUUUUAUACCAUUGUUCGCAUCCCCUUUUCUAUCCUUUCUUGCUUCUCUAAACGGCAUGGAAACACAGCUGAUAGAACGUGGGUUACCGGAGAUACGAUGAGAACAUCAGAAAUCGAUCAUCUUAUGGUAAGUGACAGCAUGCGCUAUGCAAUCUUGAUGUAGUUUCCACCUUUUGUAGUACUGAAACUUGCUAGAGUAUGUGUAUAUAUUUCAGCAGAUAGUCAUGAAAAUAACUUACCAGUAUGUGUAUAUAUUUCAGCAGAUAGUCAUGAAAAUAAGAAAAUUAUCUGAAGGCUCUGUUAGCUUUUACGUUGCAGAAUUUAAUUCUUGCAGUAAUAAAAAUACAAACUCACUAGAGAUCCUAUGACGGCUCUCUUUACACAAAGAGUAGUAUUCUGUAUUCCCCCCAUUCCAUAUUAUCUGAUCACUCGACUAACUUUUAUCA